AGACUUGCACUCUCAAGCUACUAGAACUUUAACCACUGGCUCCUUACUGCAAGAAGCAAACCAAAAGUUCAGAUCGUGCCUGCAAAAAUGUCUUUCUUCAAUUGCCGGAUUUGCACCGGUUCGCUUUGGGGAGAGCCGAUCAAGCAGCCAGAGCCGAAACCGCGAGCGGAUUUGAACAAGGCAGCAAAAAAGCCCGGAAAAGCAAGUAUAGGUCGCAUGGUGUGACAAAGAUUUAGUUUGUUUUUGAUGUAGAGUUGGGCAUCGUUUGCACGCAGGCAUGAAUUGGAUCGCCGGUUAUGGAGUGUUGCACACAAAUGUUCCACAUCAUUCUUACAGAAUUCACAAAACGGGAUGCGAACGAGAUACAGGCAGAUUUGGCGAAAUGGAUCGACUUCUUGCAUCCGCGCGCGCUCUAUCAAAUGCAAAAAUGUCUGGGUCUGGAAGAAUGCAAGAUUUGUCAUGCAUAUUUCUCAUGACCCAUGAUGCCUGUAAUGCAUGACCUAGCAUCGCAGACUUGUAGAGGGCUUCCUGAUGCACCUUCCGCAUGAGAAAUGCCCUGCCCGUGUAGCACAAACUGCACCCCUCUUGCUGGUCAUGUAAUACAAAUUUUUUUAGAUUCCAAAAACAGCAUGACAAGUUGCAAUCUUCCAGACCCAGACAUUUUUGCAUUUGAUACGCUCGACUUUUUCCCAGACCAGGAGGCUGUGAAGAAGGUAGGACUGCUGUAUAGCAAGUUCGCAUGAAGAUGAAGCCGUGAUAAAAAAAAAAAAUGAAUAUGAUAGACUCUUUAUCAAGAAUAAAUCUUGGUCUUCAAGAAAUUGCUGCAACAACUUUCAGGUUUUAUCCGAAAUCCUGAAGAACAUCGACAAGAAGGAUGAUCCGAUUUUGGGGAGCGACGAAAAAUGCGUGAUGUGGCACGGCGACUCGACGAAGGUUAACAACGACGGCGAGGAAAGCCAAGCAGUUGUGCGGAUAGUCAAACCCGGUAUCAUUUUUUUGCGACGAGAGAGAAUGAAAUUGAAUCAAUGCAACUUUCAUGCGAUAGAGGCUUACUGGUUGUGGUUUGCAUGCUGCGUAGCGCACACACUUUCGUCCUUAUUUGAUUUCCUAGAGCACCAGACCGGCAAGCAAGGUUGUAUCAAAAAUUCGACAGGUGACACGCUCGAGAGUGUGACUUUCGUGAACCGCGUGCUGCCCUUCAUCUUCGCGGACGACGAGUCGUUUGAGGAGCUGAUGCAAUUGCCCAAGGAGCCCUUUGCCAUGUGCUGCGGCAACCAGCUCUGCGUGAACAUGUCCCACAUCUCGUUCCAGAAGCGCCGCAACUCCAAGGUGGCCGAAGAAGCCGGAGAGCAGGGCGAGGGAACAUCGUUCACCGCACAGGCGAAGUAGCUCGGCGAGGUAGUGCAGUUGUAAACCCGGAAUUAGUUUUUUGUCAUUGCCAGCCAAAUAAGUUUUUCUUUUUUCUGAACUAUCUGAUUUUUUUGUUUCGCUUUUCUGAGUCUGCCUUUAUACGAUGGAUUCUUUCCGGCUUCGACCGAUCCAGGUUGAUACACUAAAUGAGUUAAGAAUUACAGUGCCUCCAGUUUCCUAGAACUUAAAAUUAUUUUCUCGAUGAAGUCGGCCACUUACUGUGUGUCAGUAGUCGCUUGACAGCUGUGCCUUCUUUUGCAGAGCCGCAACAGGCUUCCUUUUGUAUUUGAUUCUUGUGACAGCGGAGGCGGACAUCAAGUUAGACUUAGAGCAUCGCUAUUUCAAUAUUUUGUACUUUUGCGACGUCUAUACCUUUUUGCAAAGUAUUAGAUAUGACAUCUGACGAGCAGAGCGAAAUCGUUUCUGGCGCGCGAUUCUCUUGCGAAUAGUUUUCAGAGCUGCUUUCUUGUAGGGAAUUGAUACUAAAUCGCUCGAUUUAUUUCCAGGGUUGAAAUAAAAAACACUGAGCCGGAACUUAAGAACUUCUUCGGGCACAUAAUAGUCCGAUAUUUUGAGAGCUUCUUUUGAAACCAAAAAACAUCAAUGUCACUGAUCUCCGCGGGAAUUGCCGGCCUUUGUGUUGUUCGUCUGUAGUUUGUUAUAGGUCGCAAAGAACCACGACUGUGGUCUCAGGCGUAAGGACAGCAGGUUUCAUCAAGACGAGAGCGAAAGACAACUCAAGGCGGUGGUAUACUGUGCAGAUGAUAUGCAGUUAGUGCUAGAGAUGGUACCUCUACCGUGCAACAAGGACGUGAUAUGGCAUUCAAGACACCCGGCGUUCUAGCUGCAUCUUCGUCGCUGUUCAUCAAUGCCUAUCUCGACCGACAGCGACCCCGCGAUGGUGUCUGGAGCUUCUCG